AACUGAGAGAUAGAAACUUAAGCCGUGUUCCUUACUCGGUUCAUACUCUCGAAUAGUAGACCUCUUUCAUCAAUGAAGUGACGUUUGGUAGUUUCAUUGGUUACAGCUUGAAGGAGCACGUGAUCCCCCACCAAUAAUUUUCCGUACAAUAUCCUACAGACAGCCCACCCUCGCACAAUAAUCCGGAAAUCUGACAACGUCGCCGAAACUUGCACCAUUCAAUUCCAAACAUCAUUUCAAGUCCAGCGCUUGUAAGGAGCGUGUAUAUGUCUUCAGUUAGCGCUUUUUAGUGUAUUUUGCAUCAUGUUUUAGUUUCGUAGAACGGGAGUUCCUCAGUGAAUUUUUGUUGUUCGAGUUCGCCUAGAGACUCUAAGUGACCAGGGAUGACUAAAAUGCCAACAACACCCGAAUGUGACUAUGAUUUAGUUUCCAACGAAGGUUUAUUAUCUUUGUUGCGAAAUGAAUCAAAAAACAUAGUGAUAUUGGAUUGUAGGAGUUCCAACGAGUACGCGGAAUGUCAUAUAAGAGAUUCUGUGAAUUUCUCCAUUCCUUCAAUUAUGUUGAGGCGACUGGCUGCUGGAAAGAUAGAACUUGCCUCUACGAUAAAAUGUAGAGAUUUAAAACAAAAGAUUUGUAAAACUUAUAAAGAAAAUUUGUUCAUUUUGUAUAACGAUGUACCUGGAGUUCAACAGCAUCAGACUGAUUCGGUCCUCAAUGUUUUGUUACGAAGAUUAACUCAAGAUGGAUGCCGUGUUGCUUGUUUGGAAGAUGGUUUUCCCAAAUUCCGUGCCACAUUUCCAGAAUGGUGCAAGAGUUGUAUGGAGCCUGUGGAUUAUCCAGGAGGUGUUCCCACAGCAGCUGGUCCAGAUCCUCUACCGUUGAUGGGUCUGAGAUCGCUCAGAAUCUCUGCAACUCCAAUCCAUCGUCCACACAGAAGUUGUGACAGCUUGUCUUCCACAGCGAACAGUUCGACCGAUAGUUCUGAUACUGACGAUAGAUGUGAUAGUUCGUUAGGAUUAGAAGAAGAUCGAGAGUUUCCUGUAGAAAUACUUCCCUACCUCUUUCUAGGAAAUGCAAAUAAUAGUGAGGACAGUCAGGCAUUGGCACGGCAUAGUAUACAGUAUAUCCUGAAUGUCACUUCAGAUUUACCAAAUGUGUUCGAAGAUCAAGGAAGUAUAAAAUAUAUGCAAAUUCCCAUUACUGAUCACUGGUCGCAGAAUUUGGCCAGUCACUUCCCUAAGGCCAUAGAAUUUAUUGAUGAAGCAAGGUCUCGUCAGAAAGGAGUGUUAGUUCAUUGUCUGGCUGGUAUCUCCAGAUCGGUGACAAUCACUGUAGCUUACUUAAUGUACAAGUGCUCCCUCAACCUAAACGACGCUUUCAACCUGGUCCGAUCGAGAAAGUCCAACAUUGCACCAAAUUUCCACUUCAUGGAACAGCUUCUCACCUUCGAGAGGGAACUAAAACUCGACAUCUCUUCCCAAAGCGUCCAGUCGCUGCAGGAGAAGAUCAGGAUGGAGCAAAAGAAUCAGGGAAACAAGCCAGAGAAGCAGAAAGCAAGAGGUCCCUGUAAAUAUUGCAACUUGACCACAGAGUGCAAGUGCCAGCAACACACGGAGUUUUUGAGUCCGUUGGCUCAUAUCGGUGUGAGUCCUGACUCUGGCAUAGAGUUCGAUAGAUGGGGGGGCUCCAGCACUCCAGGCGGCGAAUGAGAUCAACAGGGGGGGUCGCAGUGGCACUUUUAGGAAGCUUGAAACGGUUUCUUUGUUUUGUGUUACUGCCAUCCUCCCUUUUAAAACAUGCAUUUCUUUUCCUUUUGCAUUUAGAUAUAUUCCAAUCACAAUCCCUUAAGAAUAUUGAGUUUAUGUUAGUAAUUUUUGGGGUGAGUAGAUAAAUAGGGGAGGUAUUAGAUUUUUUUUCAUCUAUCAUUUAUUUGUGCCUUGUACUUCCUUUAUAUAAAAAAUCUCUGCUGUUGUGGAAUUAGAAUACAAUGUCUAAAUUGCACAGUAGUCGUUGAAAGUCCUAAAAUGAAAUAUAUAUUGUUCACAUUUAAUAAAAGUUGAAAUGAUAGAAGCUUCUUGUGAUAACUCCCCCAUUUAUAUAAUAUGGAUGUAGAGCACAAAUGUUUCAUUAUUGAUUAUCUUAAAAUACCAGUAUUUCUUUAUUUAUACACACAUUUCGAAAGUUGUUCUUUUGAUGUUGCUAUUAUCUGUAAAGUUUAAUGAGAAAAUAUAAUGUGGCCUGUUAUUGAAAAAAUUAUUGAAGUGGUUUUUAAGAGUUUUGAAUAAUGCACAAGUUGAGAUCCGCGAAUAAACUAAACUGCAAUAAUGUUGAAUGAUUCGGUUCAAUUAUUAAUUUUAUUUGCAUUGUAGUUAAAUGAAUGAGGAAAAUUCUCUAAUAUUCAACAACUGUCAAAACUAAAGAGUAUGUAAAUUUUCUAUGUUCUGAUAUGUUAUUGGAUGUACUUAAAUAUGAAUCAUAUUUAGAUCGAAUAAUGGUUUUGGUGGAAUGUUAUGCUGAAAUAUUAAUCAUAAAGCAGAUAUAAAUUUUUUGCAAGUUCGAAUGCCGGUAAUUUUCCUCAAUUUCCUGUAAAAAUCUUAGACCAGAUAUCCUGUAUUAAAUAAAUAUGUAAUUAAGCCUUGGACUUGAGAUUUGUGCCAUAUUUAGUUUAUUUUUGUGCAUCUUGCCAUGAGAAAAUAGAGUGCAUAUUUUGGUUAGGUUUUCCAUUGGAAAACAUAACCUAAUUGUUGAUGUUACAAAUAAAUAUUCUAUGUACGAAUAAAUGUUAAAUGAAAUAUAUAUUUUCAUGAUGAAUUGUUUCGUCAAUAUGGCGAAAUUUUGAGUACCGUCACAAAAAAAACUGUUUCUGGAUGUAAAUUUAGCCUCUAAAGGAUAAUUGCCUAGAAAUUAAGGUUAUUAUAUGUCAUUUGAUGAAUCAUAUCUAAUAUCUCAAGUUGAUUUAUGGGAGAGCUGUUACUUUAAAGACUGAUAUUGGUAUUUAGGCCUGAAUUCCCAAGCCACUUCAUGGGGAAAAUAAAUUAUAUUAAUCCAAAGAAUUUUUACGGAGUAGAGCUACAGCACUCCCAGACAUCAUUAAAGCUGAAUAUGACCUCUCAUUUUGCUUCGAGGAAAUUGAAGCAGUGGUCUUCAACUAUAAACAAAUUUCUGAUUUUGUGGACUUGAAGAGUUCAAAGAGAAUAUAAUGUUACUUUUGAAAUUUUCCGGAGGUAGCUAAGAGGAAAAUAAUGAUGAUGUUGUAUAUUUCUGAAUUUUCAAAAAGAAACAUGUUGAGAUAUUUGCGAUCAAUAAAAUUGGAUUACAUUGAAGCAUUGGGAAAAAUUUACGAAAUAAAGUUAUGAUUAAUAAACAUAUAUAGUCUUUAAACUAGAUGUUCAAAUCAUUUUUCUGAAUUUGAUGAUGUAACCAGCAGUUUUGAAUUGAGUAAAUGUAUUUUAUAUGUUUACAAUUUUCUAUUCUGACAUUCCCAUACAAAACUUUUUCACAUUUGUUAUGAUAUAAUGUAGGUAUUUAUUCUUCCAACUGUCAACUGUUCUACAUAUUGUAAGAAAUAGUAGAGACAAAAUUCUGUAGAAAUAGUAAUACACUAAAUUUACUACAUAUUUACCUUUGUAUUUACUUAUUGAUGUUAUUUUAUAUUGUGUAUAAUACUAUUUAUAAAUUAUGAAUUCAUGUUUCUUCAUAUCAAUUUUUUUGUAAUAAAAUUUUAUUGUAA